GAGAAAUCCCCAUGAACCAAACACCCAAAAUCCAAAAUCCAACCCUUACAGCUCCAAGCAUGCCCUCCACACCCAAUUCCCAUCCCACCCUCCUCUCCAAAACCCUAGGCGCCCUCCUCGGAGUGCAUGCCGGCGACUCCUUAGGAGCCACCUUGGAAUUCAUGCCAUGGGAAAAAAUUCAAUCCAAAUACCCCAACGGGCACCGCAUCAUAACCGGAGGCGGACCCUUCAACUGGACCCCAGGCCACGCGACCGAUGACACGGAUCUAACCCGCGCCGUACUCCUCGCAUACCAGGACUACAUCAUCUGGAAAACAUCCUCGGACUUCAACUCCUCAGAACCCCCUUUCGACAUCACUAAAUCCGCAGCCGACUACUCGCUCCGCUGGAUGCAAGGUAACUGGCCCGAUCGCGAGCCCGGCUCCGGACCCCAGGACAUCGGGAACGCAACGUGGAUCGGGUUGAGUAAUUACCAGAGCAGUGGCAAUGCGAGGAAUUGUGGUGCUGGGAAUGGGAAGGCCGGGAAUGGGAGUUUGAUGCGGUGUAUUCCUUCGGCUUUGUUUGAAGAAUCUAGUGCUAGGAGGAAGAUGGAGAGCAUGGAGAUCAGCGCGAUCACGCAUAAUGAUGCGAGAUGUACUGUGGCGUGUGCUGCAUACAAUGAAAUCGUGGCUGCAAUGGUGGUGGGGAAGACGGCGAGGGAGGCGGUGCAGAUUGGGCAGAGAGUUGCGGAGGAUUUGGAUUGUCCUGCCGUUGUGAGGGCUUUUGAGAAAGGGAAGGAGACGUCAGUGUUGAAGCUCGCUGGUUGGGGUCCUGGAAACGAUUUUCCAGAUGCGAUGUCGGGAUACGUGCUUGAGUCUCUUACGCUUGCUAUUGCGGCUGUUUUGGAUUCUAGGUCCUUCGAAGAUAUUCUUGUGGAUGUGGUUAGGAUUGGUGGGGACACGGAUACGAAUGGUGCCAUUGCCGGAGGGCUGUUAGGGGCAAGGGAUGGAGUUGAAGCGAUUCCGAAGCAGUGGUUAGAGGUUUUGCAAUUCAGAAAAGAAUUUGAAACUGUAACGAGGAAGAUAUUGGAGCUACAGGGUCGGAUAUAGGAGCGAAUAGGCGUGAAAUGAUGAAAAACUGGAGAAACUCAA